AUGUCGAUAACAUCCGAAGAAGAAGUCGAAGAGGACGCGCCUCCCCUCUCCGACUCACCCUCCCACAACGACUCUUCCGACUCCAACAACGGCAGCAGCAGUCUACAUCAACACCACAACCACAAUCACGACCACAACAAUGGCUCAACCUCCCCCUCCGCCACCUCCCACCCAGGCUCCGACUACGAAGGCGAAUACCUCUCCGAGUCAGACCUAUCAGAAGAAGACGACGACGACGAAGACGACGGCAACCCAAAUUCUUUCCCCCUUGCGGCCCCCUUUUCGCAACACACCUUCGCGCCCCCGUUCUACGGCCGUCCGCCAACACCCCUACCCCCAUCUCCCUCUUUAACAUCCCUGUUGCGACCCUCCAGACCAACAACCCCCGACGCCUCGGACGACGAACACGCCGAACCACUACCUAGGGCGAGGCCAAAAGUGCCGACGUAUGAAUACUACGGCUUCGUGCUGUAUCUCUUCUCCAGCCUCCUGUUCCUCUUUUACCUGCUCUGGAGCUACCUCCCGUCGCCGUUUCUGCACGCGUUGGGGAUAUACUACUACCCUAACCGGUGGUGGUCGUUGGCGGUGCCGAGUUUUAUCGUCAUGUUGCUGGUGUAUAUAUACGUGGCGUUGGCGGCGUAUAAUGUGGAGAUAUUGACGCUGCCGAUGGGGAGCAUAGAGACCGUGGUUGAUGAGGCGGCGCAGGUGGCGGUUGUGGAUAGUCGGGGGAGGAUAAGGGCUGUUGGGAAGCGGGGGAGGGAUAGGGGGCAGGGGCAUAGGAGGAAGGGGUCCGGGAGAAGUAAUAGGGAUGAGGAAGGGGGAGGGGGGCAGCAUGGGGGGUUGGAUUGGAGGGAGGUUUGGAAUGAGGGGACGGAUGCGGUGAUGGAUGUGCCGCUGGCGGGGGUUUGUGAGGUGCUUUAUGGGUAUGGGGGGGAAGAAGAAGGGGAUGGGGAUGUUAUUACGAGGGUUUAA